UUUAAAAUAUUUAUGAGUCUUUAAUUGGAUUUAUGUCUUGUGUUAUAUCAUUUUAUUAUAAUAAUGUGUUAUAAUAAUCGUUCAAAAGAGCUGAUCAGAAGUACGUUUUGCCUUCUUGCUGGCCUAUUUUGUGAUAUAACGAGUUGCUUUUUUGCUUUUGUAACUGCAAAUCGUUAAGUUAAUAGACCAAGAUUGGUCUAUUUAUUUAUUAUAAUUUUAUAGCUUCUGUUGGGGAUGCAAUGUAAUUGAGAUGUCUGGACCGAUCAUUUUGUUUUGGACUUUUGAAUAUCAUUUCAUGCUACAUUACACCAGCAGAUUGAAUUAAGAUUGGAUUUCGAGUUUUAUUGAAUGUUUGGUACAAAGUUUAAAGUUAUCUGGAUGGAAUCAUUUCUCAAUGAGCUUGUCCUGUUACUUCCAGAUUUGCUGCCUUUUUUGAUACAUUGUCAUAUUUACACUUGUCAAGAGUGUUACAUUUAUAGGGAUAAAAGCCUUGAAUUAACCGAAUUAUCUGCUGAUUGGGAUGGUGAAGACGAAUCUUGAAACUUUGAAAGAAAUUUCAAUACAAAUAAGAAUACCUAUAAAACGAGGAAGAAAUGAUUGACUUGAAAAUAAGUUAAAUGAGGAUAUUUACACGUUUUAAAAGCAUAAAAAGCAUGGUGGGAUGAUGAUUACGAUUAUGAUUACACCUUAGGCAUCACAUAUAACAUCUUGAAAGUGAUCAUUCUUCAUUUAAUGGAAUCAACUGGAAAGAUCUUGUCCAGAAAGCAAAAGGAAGAAAGAGAGAGAGAGAGAGACGAAAAAACCUUUCAAAAUGGCUGAUAACACCUGAAUAAUUAACACAACCUUGUUAUGGUCCAGAUGUGGUUUAGAUAUCGAUAUAGCUGAAUGUUUAAUUUAAUUGAUGAAAACAAAAUUCCAAUCAAUUUACAUUAAAAUCAACCAACCAACCGAUCAAAGUAUUGGAGACGACUUAUUGACAUUAAGACUAUGAAUGGCUAUUGGCUUAUUACCUUCUGUGUUCAACAAUAUUCCGAUUAAUAAUGCCUGUUGAUGAUAACAUUAUAACUCAAUUCUUAAUUGAGUUUGAGUGAAUCAAAGAGAUUUCAAGAUUAAAAAAUUGAAACUUAAAAAUAUGGAUAACUAAUUGACUUUGCUGCUAUCAUCAUCAUCGUUAUUAUCUUCACACUUUGGUUGAGUUCAUCAUCAUAUCUACUGACUUCAUAUUAUUGAAGCCCUUAUUGAUUUAACUAGUGAUAACAAUUUAUUGAAACUGACAUUUUUUCAAAAAAAUGAUUGAUUCAUAUUAGCAUUUAUAUAUUUGUGUGUGUUUUGUACCUUAUUAGCAGUAUUAAUCCGUCUCAUGUUUAAAGCAUGUAGGAAAGUCUUAACUAUAAAAUUUGUUAAUAGAUGGUGUUACUUGCUGGGAAAAUACCGCGAAAAAUAACACCUGGUAAACUAUCACCAAAUUUACUGAAACCAUCGGAUUUGUUUCAACAAUUGAAGAAGAGAAAAUUAAAUUCUGACUCUGGCCCAAGGAAAAAGCUUUUCGUUUCUCCAUUACGGAGUAUUAUCUUUACGACACCAGAGAAAAACUAUCAAAGUGUAUCUCAAAGUUCAUCAAGAAGAAAAGGUACACCCAGAAAAACACCCAAGAAAACUCCGAGAAAGACACCAAGAAAAACACCUAAAAGAGCUUUGGUUUUUGGCGAUGAAAAACCAUCUUUACCUUUGGGUGCUCUUUCCGAAGAUGCAAACCUUGAAGCACCAACAGUUAAAAGUGUCAAAGGCCUCGCUUCAAUUCCUAUUGAUUGGUCAUUAAAAACAAGAGUGCGUUUCUGGUCGGAUAAACCUUUCCCUUACAAAGGAUAUUUCUCCUCGAGCGAAAGUGCAAAUGGAACAACGUCUUUUGUUAGAUGUUCAGGUGAUGAAAUCAGUGCAACGGCGAAACUCAAAAAACACUGUUUUGUUUGGAGACAUCCGCAUUUACCUGGAUUUGAUUUGUUUCCCAGAAUUAAUAAUCGAUGCAAAGUAGCUCCAAUAAGCAAACCCAUGAGUGAAGAUCUUUUAAAUGAAUAUUGUGCAAGUUUAAAAGAUUUAUUCGAUUUAAUGAAAUGUCGACAGGUCGCAUAUUUUUAUCUUUGUGCAUAUUCUUUCACGGCCCUCUUUCGAGCUUCUGGAGUUGCAGGCGUUGAUGAGAUACACGUUUGGAUAACUCCGACAACUGAUGGAUUCAGAAAUUUACUAAAAGAAGAGGGAAUUGAAUUCUCUAUGCCUUUAUGUGAGAAAGCGACAGAUGAGGAAUCUUCUAGUGCGAUGGACGAAGAAGAAGACGCAAAUAACUUUUUGGAAACCUUAGGAGUUGAUUUAUCAAAUGAAUCGUCAUCUAUAAAAUCUCAAAGGACCAAAACAAAACCUAAAAAGAAUACGAAUUCUACUCUAGUUAUGGUUAAAGGAGCACAAGUGCAAGAUUUGAUACCAUUUUUAUCAAGUUCUAAAAUUGUUUUAUCAAAAUAUGGAUCACUUGCUAAUAUACCUCCGACAUUACUUGCUCCUGUAGCCUUCGAAGGGGCCCAGCUUCAUUUUUUAAAAUUGAAUCUGAAUAGUAUUUUAGAUAAAUCAAUGUAUAAUAUUGAACUUUGUGGACCGAUAUUACCAAAUAUGGUUGUCAAUUUGUGUGAAUUGUUUCGAUCAACGGUUGGGGAUUUCUCAUGUAAUCUUAUUAAUUAUGAUUAUUGUGGUCCUUUCGCCUCAGUUGCUUCACACUGUCAAGAAGUAAAAGAAGAAUCAAGUAAAAAUAUUUUCGCUGCUGAAAGUCUCCGUGAUUGUGGAUUGUACCAAAGGUUUAUUGAAGACAUGUGCUCAACGAAUAAUCAAAGUUCAUCAUGUAUUAACACAAUUAGCUGCAAAGAUGGUAGAUAUUUUGUAAAAAAAUUGAUUCAACAAUUAAUUUGCUUGAUAAUGAAGUUUUCUAUUUUCAAAUUAGUCUAUUAUUUACUUACAUUUUCGCACAAUUUUAUUCACGAAGAGCAACAAUUUAGAAAGUUUAUCAAAGCUUACAAUAAAAGUUACACCUUUGGUUCUCAUGAAUAUUGGCAUCGGUUUCAAAUUUUUCAGCGGGCUCUUGGAAAAAUUACCAUUCUGAAUAACAAUCGAAAACAUCCAACCAGUGCUUUUUUUGGGUUGACUCCAUACGCUGAUUUAACUCUUAGCGAGUUUAAGAAAAAAGUGAUCAACUCACCAUAUAAUGGAAGAAAGUUAAACGUAUAUAAACAACGAUUAGACCUUACUCAGUCUAAACCCAUUUUGAACAAUUUGGAUUUCAAGCAAAUGCUUAAUGUGCCACUUGCUGUUGAUUGGAGAACAAAGGGAAUUAUUGGUGAUGUUGUUGCUCAAGGAAAAUGUGGAUCUUGUUGGGCUCAUACAAUUGUUGAUACAAUAUCAUCGAUGGUUGCCUUAAAUACUGGCCAAUAUGUCAAAUUAAGUGCUCAACAAUUGCUUGAUUGUUCAGACAAUAAUUAUGGAUGUGAUGGAGGUGAUCUUUGUCAAGGAUUACUUUGGCUGGCUCAAAAUAAUGUAACCUUAUUGACUGACCAAGAAUAUCCGUACAAAUUCCAUUCGGGUAACUGUCUUCAACCUAAACCUACAAAAGGAGUACAAAUUUAUACCAACUUUACUUGCCAUUCCGAAAUUGGUCACGAGGAAAAUAUGGUACGAUUGUUGGCCAACCAUGGUCCACUAAUGGCUGCAGCUGAUGCUUCUUUCUGGCAAUAUUAUAUCAAUGGUACUAUUCACGAUAAUUGUGGCAAUGAUGCUAACCAUGCUGUCCAAAUUGUUGGUUACAACUUGAAUGACACUAUUCCUUAUUACAUUAUUCGUAAUACUUGGGGAACUCAGUGGGGCAUGAAUGGUUACUUACAAGUCGCUAUUGGAAAUAAUACAUGUGACAUUUCAGCUGAGGUUGCAGCGGUUUGGGCUAAAUCAGAUAAUUGAUCCAUCUUCAUUGCACCGUUAAACAAGGAUAAAACUGUUAACUGGUAAACUGGUUGCAGAUACUCAAUGAAUCCUUCUUCAAAUUAGCAGGCCAAAGACUUCACUAUCGCAAUAACCAUCACCAUUAACAUUACCAUUACCCUUACAACCAUCAUUUUGAUUAUUUUCAUCUUAAAAAAAUACUUUGACUAUUCUGAGAUGGAUUCCCAUGAUAUUAUUCAAUACGGAACAGAAUAAUGAAACAAAAAAGAGGAUGUAACUUGGAUUCAGUGAUACAAAAAGAGCUGCAGUUAACAAAAACUUAUCAACACAAAACGACAAUACCAACAUCAACAGUAAGAAUAGGAUAAAUGGAGUCGAUAACAAAGCAAAGAUGAAGAAAGGAAUUGAAGAAAAGAAAUGAAGGAAGACAAAACAUGAUCGAAACUUGCAGCUAUUUAAAAAUGUCGUAUAAUUAAAUAUGUUAUCAGCCAAAUUUUGGUAUCAAAAGGGAUUGAUAAUGAAGAUUUGGUGGUUCCCAAAAUGGAAAACAGAGAAAACAGAGAAGAAAAAAAGUUGAAGAAGAAAAAAAUGAAAGCGAAACUGUUCCUUUCUUCUUCAACCGAUGGCUGAUUAAAUGAUUCACUCAUCAGAAUAAAAAGUUGAUCACUGCCACCCUCAUCUCUUUCAUCACCAUCAUUAUCAUCAUUAAGAACCUGGAGGCAAAUCAAAGCAAAUGAGCCAUGAAACUCAUAAACUUGUCUGUACUUAAUCAGACUAAGAAAAGAGUCAACAAAACAAUGUCUUUGCUAUCAACAUCUUCAGCUUUUCCAUUGAACCAUAGAUUAAAUUCAUUCCCCUUUUCCUUCUCAUCUUUCUAUCUUCCAUCUUCUCUCUAUCAUUCCUCUCUGUGUCUAUAUUCAUGGGUUCCUCACUAAAUCGGAAAAAGCUCAAUCUUCUUCAUUCCCAUUUUUAUCCAUCUUCUUCCUCUUCGUCUCUACAGUUUAACCUCUUUUUUGGACUGAUUCAACUAAAUGGUAGUCAUUUUGAUUUUGGUUUUGGUUUCAUUUUGCAUCAAACUCUUCUCAUUUCCCCUUUUUAAUCAAUAAUAUUUCAAUCUAAUCCAAUGCACCGAAACAAAGUCAAUGUAACAACAACAACAACAAUCAAUUACAAUUGGAAUCAAUCAUUGAUCUCUCAACACAUCACUCAACUCGUGUCUAUACAAUUUUGUAUCAUUUUCCCAGUUUUACUGUAUUAAUGCAUGUGUAAUAAAGCACAGUUUACCCUGAACCUAUUUUAUAGCUUCUAUUAUAAAAAUUACUCUAACUGUAUAUACAUUAUACUCAACUCAUUACUUGUAAAACAAUACCAAGUUUCAUUUACUUCAUUUGACUUAAUUAUAUAUUGUAUUCAUUCUUGUAAAUCUCAAUUUACUAUUCUUUGUUUUUGUCCUAAUAAUUAUUUUCUAAGUCAACAGUCAUUGAUUUUCAACAUAAGAUUGAUGUUACACUUUUGGUACAAAGAACCUCAAACGACAAUUCAGACAUUCCCAUUGAUUUUCCCAUCUAAUUUCAAUAUCGGCCUCUAAGCAAUCAACGUAAAUUUGUAAUAUUUUCAUUGAUUUUUCUGACAAACCAAUAAACGAGCAUUAAACCAGACA